CAGUCUUCCCUCGUGGCCGAUCGCCGCGCGCGCAGUGUACACGGCAUAAAAAUAAGUCUGCGCCUGCGCACUUCAACCCAUUUAUAAUUAUUAGUAAAUCGCCGAACGGGCGUACGACUGCCGCGCUUUGCUAUCGCUCGCAAAUCAUAAAAUUCAUACGAUCCAUAUACGAAGUGUAUCUUUUAUCUCGACAGUGUUAUUGUAAAAAAGAAACGCAAACGCUCAACGUCGUAUUAUACCAUUCAUAGCGUCAAUUUAGUCACAGUGGUAGUGCCCGGUGUCGCGAACUAUUUACAAAACGAUUCAGUGCUCGUGUGUGUGCGUUGUUUACUGCCCUUUGCUUAUCAGUGAUAAAAGUGCAAGUGUUUAUUUCACAUUAAGAUGCCGGAUAAACCGAAGAGACGUAAGAAUAAUAGAAAUAAGAGAAGAAAUAAAAAUCAAAAUCAAUCUAACAGUAAUAUACAAAUUGUUUCUUCUACGGAGAAAGUUGAAGAUAUUUCAUUGAGUCCACCGAUUGCAAGUCAGAGUGAUGUUAGCGCAAAAACAGAAGAAAUAACCUCAAAUAAAUGCUCGGAGGCAACUGAAGAAAAUAUUGGUGAUGAUAAAACACAGAAAUUGUUAUCAGGCUUGCUUGUUUCCGAUACAAAAGAAAUAAAACAUGAUACUGAUGAUUUAAAUACUCAAAAAAGUGAAGCUACGGAAGAAACAAUAAAAAUAACUGAAAAAUAUAAAGUAGAAUCUCCUGAAAAGACAAUUAAAGUAAAAUCUAAAUUAAAAAAUAACGUAAAAAGUAAAAGUGUUGAUAAUGACGAUCAACCUACUAUAGUAGAAAUUUCAGAUGACGGAGAAAAGUGUGAAGCCGAUAGUAACUUAGUCAUUGUUGACGCUAGUAAUGUUUUAGUUGCUGAAGUGGAGCCUAAUAUUGAAUGGGAAAAUACUGCCGACCUGGAAGAGUUAAAAUCCUUAAAACAAGAAGAUACUGUACCUGGAGCAUUAUCUAUUACAACGAUACCCCUUAAUGUAGCACAAUGUGAACUAACUAAGUCUAUGAGCCCUGAGGAAGAAAGAUGCUUACGCAAAUAUCUGCAAAGUUUGGAUUUAUCAUCUAAUCAAGGCAUAGAUCCCAGUUGUUUGGAAAUUAAAGCUGAAAUAGAACAAAUGGUUGAACGUGAAAUUAAACAACGCUUAAGAAAAAAAGGAUUCGCUGAGGAUAAUUUUAUUCCUAGACUUGGGCCACCCAGAUCAUUACAUGUCAUUGAUGAAGAAGUUAGUGGAGAAUCAUCAGCUACAUCACGCCGUCAUUCAUAUUUAAACGAAAAUAAAAGUGACACGGACGAGUUAGAUGACGAUGUUUUCAAAAUAACGUCUGAUAGUAAAAGUAAAUUUAGCACAAAUAAAGGCACUAAAAUAUUUACAAAUCUUAUACCGCAAGAGUGUAUACGUGUAGGCGCUCAAAUUAAAGAUCCUGAAAUUUCUGAAGCAAGAGGGGCUUGGUCCACAAAACAGUUAGAAUCAGUGACCGGAGCAGAAAUUGUUUAUUUAACGGACUCAUCCAGUAGUACUAGUUCUGCAUAUGAUAUUAAUGAUAUUGAUGAAAAUAACGAAGAAAGCGACGUAUCCGUUCGAAUAAUAACUCCAACUAUUGAAGUAACAGAUACAGAUACGUUUCUUAAAAAUAAUUUUAGGUCAAAAUCUGAAAACUCUAAUGAAGUUGAGAAAAUGAUAUUGUCUGAUAAUAGCGUCCAUGAAAUUAAAAAUGACUCUAGAAAUAACAUUAUAGAAACAAAGCAAGAUAAUUCUUUAAAUGAAAUAGACGGCCACGAGAUAGUUGUUUUAUCUACGGAUGUUUUAAACACCGAUUUAUAUGUUAAAGAAAUUGAUAAUUAUGAACAGCAAGAAGAACCUAAUGCGCUAGUUUUUAAAAAUCAAAACCAUGAAGAUAACUCACAUGUAAAUAAUGAUUUUAAAGAAAACAAUAGAUCUGAUCUUGAAAUAAAAGUUUUAAAAUGUGAAUUAAAUGAUGCAAUAAAUAAUUUAAUAAAAGAAGUUAUUUCCGAUUCAGAAAGUGUCAAUGAUAACUCAAAUGAGCCACUAGUUCGUCAGGAUUCAUCUAGUAGUGUAGGUUCUUCUCAAUGCACUGCGAAAUAUAACCCAAAAUGUUCUUCUCUCAACGAUAUUCCAGGCAAUGAAUCUGAUGAGUUCAGCACAACAAACAAUGAAUUUAAACAUUUAGAAGAAAUAGAAAGUCACGUUAAAGACGUCAUUGAAACUAUCAAAGAUAAUUCUAUGAAGGGUAAAGAUGAAGCACAAGCCACAGACUUAAAAACGCCAUCUUUGCGAGAUUUAUGCUUAGGAACAAUAUGUAAAUUACCUUAUGGUGAACAAAUAUUGGAAGAAUUGGCGAAUGUAUCAGAACGUUUGCAAAAAAUGAGUGAUAUUACAUUGGAAGCCAAUAAAUUUCGGGAGUCAACAGACAAAGUUAGCAAUAAAAAUGAAUUACAUAAAAAGCCAUCUCCAAAAACUUCUGUAACAGAGUCAAAAAUCAAAGCAGUUCCUCCACCGGUGCAACCUCGAAAUUCAUCUUUAAGAAUUAGUCAUGAUGAAUCUCAAACUAAUACAAAAUCAGUUUCUAUACCAUCUCGCGUUUGCUUAUCACCAUCUCAAAAAAUGUUGAUGGAAAAAACAAACACGUUUUCAGAAAAAGAACAAACAGAACACAUAAAUAAUGAACACAAGAUUUCCGUAGAUUUACGUGAUAAAGACAAAGAUAGCAAAGAUAUUAUUAAUGUUCCAUUUAAAUCGCAGACUGGAAGUCGUCUUUUAGCAUUAUUACGUCCAUCAUCAAUGACUGACUCAAAGGAAAAUAUUACAAGUAACAAUAAAGUGUGGAACGGUGGUAUAAACAAACUAUCAUCUUUGUCUAAAAUAAAUGUAAAAGAUGUGAAUGAUACCUUCACCAGAAGCGACGACGAAUCUAAAAGACCGUUUAAGUAUGAUCAUUCUAAUUCAUUCAAACCUAUACCACCCCCUAAACCAAAAAAAUUUUCAUCAUCAUUUUAUGAAUGCAAUCAGUCAUCUAACUUUAUAGAAAGUUCACUUAAAUCUGUUAAAAAUGAGAAUAAAUAUUUCCACUACUCAACAGGAAAUUUAAGUAAAGAGAUAGAAGAUGAUAUCUCUUCUAUUCAAAAUAUGCACCGACAUUAUAAUGAUAUUUACAAAGAAGCGAGAGAUGAAUUUUAUCCGCGGCGACCAUCCUUACCUAAAGAUUUAUGUGACCAACAAAUGGAAUAUAUACUCAGAAAGGAGAAAGAAGUCGAAGCUGAAAUCUAUAGAUUAGAAAAUGAUCGUGUUAAACCACCUCAAAGAAGAGGUCCUAGAGCACCGAUGAUAUUAGAUGAAGAAGCUCAUGAUAAAUCUUGGCUUAAUUCAAACACACACAAUAGUAGACAGCUUUAUGAUAAUACGUUCAUAUCAAAAUCUACUCCGAAAAUGGAAAGCGGAAAAUUAUCGUCUGCUUUUAGUAAAAGUGAAGAAGAAUUAGUAAGAAACAAAAUGUAUUCCGAAUAUGUAAAUCAAAUGGCUGAGAGAGAGCAACGGAAACAACAAAAAAUUAUCAAAAUUACUAAACCGCCACAUGCUCUGAAUAAUAGCACAUACUCCAAAAGUGAGUCUGAACUGAAAUAUUUUGAACAUAAAGUAAAUAAUCGCAUUGAAAAAGAGUUUAUCGAUAGAGCUAAGGAAAGAUGGAAUAAACUUGGUUUUAAAGAUCCUGAAACAGAGGAUGAAAGGGACAGUGAUAAAAAUACAUAUAGAGAACCAAAAGUGAUUGAACACAAAAUUAAAGUGAUUGAUUCGGGUGAAGAAAAAGACGUGAAAAAACUUCCUAAUCAUUUGCAGGACUUUGUGAACUUUACAGUGAAAGAUAAAAAUGAUAAAAGUAGCAGUCCUGAAACCGUCAUGAUUGCGCCGACGUUCAAAGCGCGCUCUACCUCGCCAGCGGUGUGGAAGCCGGGGGUACCACCGCCGCCUGCGGGCGACAGCGGCGCGAGCGCGGGACACCCUCCCCCGCCCCCGCCGCCCCCCGUCUGGACCCCCAACAGCGCUUCGGCAUCACCGCAGACUCAACGCAAAACCUUCCGACCGGUACACUUCGAGGAAUCACCACCAACCCGCCGAAAAUUUGAUGGACGUAUGAACAGCACAGAGCAGAACGGCACAGCUGGUUUGGAAAGCGAGAGCCGGCUACGGACCUCCCAAAGCGCGCCUGCGACUGGACUGAACCUUCUCGGCACUUCAAGUAGACUGCCCAAAGCUCAGAACCCUACCGUCACCUUGUUGCAGAAAGCGCGAGAGGGCCAGCUGUCUCGAGCACCAACGUACCAGCAGCAAGACAGAGACGCUCGUCUUCCGCGCGACAGACCAUCACCUCCUUCUGGCGAUCCAGUGCACGCAUUACGCCGCGGGUACGUGAGUGAGGGAGAGGGCGAGAGGAGAGCAAGGGACAGCGAGCGUAAGAUGUCGGAUGCGCAGAAGAAAAUCGACGGAAUCGGACCAAUCACAAAAGACGGCAUGCCUGUUGCUCUACGAUCUGAAGUCAAAGACCCUUCACGGUGGUACAAGAAAAUGUACGACACAAUACACAAAAACAAAUACGAUAACGAUUAUGUGACAAUACGAUACAAAAGCCGUAGAGACGAGCCACAAAGAGUGAGCAGCAGUAGAUCCCAGUACGCGUACUUCGACCCGCGCUCCGGGUACCUCAGUGAACCGGAGGGCGGCGUUGGCCGGCUCGCUACGGGCACGUGGAGCGACGCGUACGAUAGCGAUGCGGCAACAGCGCCUCGACGACGAACCGCUUCGGUGCAAGAGGAGCGCCGGAACGAUAUGUACAUGUCUAAUAACAAAUACAGCACAUUGGCAUCUACGAGAGCUAGUCAAGAAAUACACAAAGCACAGCCUGGGAAAAUUGAAAACUACACGCCUGGUAAAUCCUCUGUAGUGGACAAAGAAGCAAAACAGCAAAACAAAUCAAGUACAACGUCGCUGCCUCCAAAAGAAAAGAAAGAUAUCACAUCGACUAUAUUAUCAAAGUCCAACAUGGCAAGGGCUUUAAAAGAAUCUGGAUACGAGUCUGACUCGACGCUGAUCUUCAAGAGACACGAAGACACGGAGGCUCCGCUGUCCCCAGCGGAACGCCGCGCGGCUUAUAGAGACUUACAAGCUGGGGGCGAACCCCCCUUACGGGGUUUCAGGUCUCCAGCUCCUCCAAGAACAGAGGAAUCUGAAAUCGAAUACAUUCCAAUAUCGUCGACGUUGACUAAAAUCAGAGUCCACAAAAAAUCUCCUAGCCUGCAUGAAGUUAUCUGCUAUCCUAUAACAAGUAUAACUACGGACUUUCUAAGAGAUCAGAGUAAAAAUGAAAAAUGUUUUGCUAAAGAAGAAGGAUUAACACCUCCUCCACCGCCUCGAAGAAUAUCUUCAAGAAGUUGCCAUACACUGAAACUUGUAACAGCAAAACCGAAGGCCGUUUCUCCAAACCGUACAAAAGUACCUUCUAACGUAGAUCUAAUAAAAGAAAAAAUAAGUAACAAACUAAAUAGACAAAAUACAGUAAUUCUCAGACAUCCGUCUGAUUCUUUUCUCAUUGCAUCUUCGUCAGCACCUCCGGCUUUGACUAAAAAUAAAAGCAUUGUCACAUCAGGUGUACAGAAACCUCAAAAUAAAACUAUGGAAAGUGGCAGUAAAACAGUCGGUACAAGCAGCUUUGGCUCAUCAAGAAAGACUAUGUCCCCAAUACAAUACAACACAACAUGUCGCAGUAGAUGCGGAGGGUCAUCAAUAGUGAUUGAAGGCGGAGCAGGUAGAAAAACACCAAUAACAAAUAUAUUAGAUAAAGUUACACCCAUUGAUAAACUUUGGGGAUCACAAAAAAGAAAUGAAAGAAUAGAUAUAUCUAAAUUAAGAGCUAAGAAUGCAGAAAAAGGUAAAAUCACUUCAUCAAGGAUCGUUAAUAAUAAACCAAUAAUUACUUCUACAAAAUCACCCAUAUCGCUAGGUGUAACACAUAAAAGUCGUGAUAUGGUCCGUACCUCGGAAAAAAUACAAAAACUGAAAUUUGUGAAUGCUUACACCCAAUCCACACCUUGUUUAGUUAAUAAAAAGGACGAUCGCCAACCCAAAAUGAAAACAAUUUCAAAUAUUUCUAAAUCAUCUUCAAACAUUUGCUCACUGGUUAAAAAGUCGUCAAAUAUAAAGUCGCCAUCAAUUAAUCAUCUAAAAAAGAAAAAAUCUCUGGAAACUAUUACCAUAAAACCCAAGAGUCCUAAUCCCGGUCAAUCAAAUAAAUAUAAAUAUAAUUCACCACAGAAAUCUUCAAAAGACAGUAGUAAAAAGGAUUUAACCAUGUAUAAAAGCAAAAUAUUGUAUGAUAAAGACACAUGUAGUAGCCAAUUUGGAGAUGAUACAUGUGAUAUGAGAAGGGUAGAAAAUCCUAAAAGAAUUAACUCUAAAGAAAUAAAAAAAACGCAUGAUGCUGUCAUGACAAAUUCAUUUUUUCAAAACUUGUUUUGUAGAAAUGUUAAUUUUCCAGUAGUCAUAGAUACAAGCGUUAAAAGUAACGUAAAAGAAAAAGCUAAAUAUUUUCUAUCACAUCCAGAUUAUAAUAAUAUAAACGCUUUACCUAGCGCCUUAAAUACAUAUUUGAUACACCGAAAGCCCGUAUCCCUUUCAAAGUUUAAAAUGUGGGACAAAACUUCAAGCCCUAUCAGAAGUCAAAGCCCACGGUCAGUAUCAUGGCCGGGUAGAAUGGAUGGAACAAUUCGAAAAUUCGAAAGUUUAGUAAACUAUAGUGAUAAGUUUGGAUCAUCUUCAUCAUUAUCUACAGUAAGGAGUAAGAGUGAACCUCCGGCAAGCAAAUUAUAUUUUUCUCAAACAUCCCGACCCAAAUCCCCUGUUGUAAUAUUUCAUAGAAAAGAUAAUGAUGAAACUCCACCAAUGGAAUAUUACACUUCGAUACGAGAUGCAACAAGUCCACGAAGUAUUGUUUAUACAACGGCACAGAGAAAAUCAAUUUCUGCUCUCAACAAAAAUGUAAACAAAGGACCGGCACGAUCAGGUGAUAUUAUUCGCCCUCUUUCCCCCCAUGCUAAUCAUUUUUCGCAUCAAUAUAUCGAUUCUAAAGCAGAUUAUCAAGACCUCUUUACCCCAUCUACAAUUUUCUUUUCACAAACCUCAAGACCUGUUUCACCAAAAGUUGUGAAACAAUCUGCCAAUCUAAGUAGAAGCCACUCUACCUCACCAAUACCAAUACGAUCACCAUCGUACAGAAGAAUUCACAGUGCUAAAACACAGCAUAAAAGUAUGAUAGAAUCAAGGCCACGUAGCGUUGAUAGUUCAAAUAAAGUAAUAUUACCUCCACUCAAAUCUAAAUCUAAAAGUGACACAAUUGCUCAGUGUAACGAUCCUGAAUAUGAGGAGUAUGUAUAUGAUAUACAAAAUGCAAAAAAAAGAUCUGAAAGAUUUCGUGAAUUGAAUAGAUAUUACUCUUAUCUUGAAAGGGUUGGUGAACUCGAGAAAUCAACUUCUAUCAACGAUUUGCGCCACAGAAAAAAAGAUGAAGAAAUUAUUGACUUUGAUAGAUGGAAAAAAAUUCGUGCUAUAGAAAGAGCUGAAGAAGAACUAAAUAAUUUAUAUGAAAAACUUAAAAUUGCUCAGAAUGAAAAGGAUUUCUUGUUUUAUCCAAGAGAUGUAAAAGAUUUUCGAUGGAAUUGUGAUAAGGAAAGAGGUCUCAAAGUAAAAGAAAAAUCAGUUGAAGAUCUAAAGGAUGACUUUCUACAGAAAUCAUUACACGAUUCUCAUGACAUAGACCAAUUUUUAUUAAAAGAUGUAUAUAAACCUCUAUGGAGAGGAACAAGUGUAGCAGAAACAGCAAUUAAUAUAAACAGAAAAAAUAAUCAAAAUGAGCCUGUUAAGUGCAACUCAAAUGUUAAACACGUAAAACAAAGCAAAGAAUUAUCAAUCGGUGAUCUAAGAAAGAAAAUUGGCAUCGGUAAUCGUCUUUGGAGUAGUUUAUCUUUAGAUCAAGUCAAUGCGUUAAAAGACCAACUCAAUGCCAUUUAUAGCAAAGAAUUAGAGUCUAAAUCUAACAAAAAUUUAGACAAAUUUACAAUUGAAGUCAAAGGAGAAAGGAACAAUUUUAACUCAAAUUUACAUGUCAGAUGUAGCUCAUUGAACAAUGCUAAUUCUCCAAAAACAAAUAAAAUUACCAAAUCAGAAUCAAUCGCGGGAAUUUGUCCCGUUACAACGGAUAAAGAAAUUAAAAAUAAUGUCAAUAAAAUGCAAAUGGUACUAAGUGAAAAUGAAAAGAAAAUUAUAUCUCAAACAUUGAGUAAAGAAGUUAUAAAAAGAAUCAAUAAAGAAACUACCAAUCAAUCGACAAAUAAUGAACCUAAAAAGUAUGAUGAUGAAUCAUUAAUUCAAAUGCCAAAUAACAAAGAAACAAAUAAUGUUUUAAAUAAAUUAUUAGACCAUAAUAGACAUGUAAUAUAUGCAUCAGAAAAGGAAGAACCUACUCAAUCUUCUGCCAGCGAAACGGAGACAGGUGGUUCUGAUAUAUCUAACACAACAGUUAUAUACGUAGCCCCAAAAAAAGAAGUUAAGAAAAAGGUAGAAUAUUUUGAAUCUGUACAAAAUAUGCCUACUAAGGAUAGCAUUCUAAAUAGUACAGAAAGCAAAGCAUCCCAAGCAAAUAACACUUUAUUAGAAAUAAACAAAGAACAAAUACCACAUUCACAAUCAUGUACGAACAUUAAGGAACUUUUUGGUGAAAGCGAGAAAAAUAAAUUUUUAUCAUUGCCUUCAAAACCUGACCUAAAUUCAAGAUCACCUUCGCCUUACUCCGAGUUAUACAUAAACGAUCGACGUACGCCUGACACGCUACGUUGCUCUAGUGACGAGACAAUCUGGCGAAGUCGAAGCCCGUCGCCCGAUGCGGAACGAUACUGGCAAGCUUACUUUAAACUGGCGCGUGUUGGGGAAGUUCGCCGUCUAGCGCGACGCUUCGAUUCACCCUCCAUGGUCGGAGGAUUAAGACGACAUCGUAGUGACCCAGAAAUAACUAGAAACGAUAUUAAAAACUGCCUUUGCGCCGAAAAAUUAGGAAAACAAAGCGAAUCAUGUAAAACAUCAUUAACAGUAGCGCGAGUACCUCUUAGGUCUAAAAAUCGCUUUAUGCCUCACAUUGACAUAAUAUCAAAAUUAGCCGCGCUUCGGAGGCGAACUACGCCACGUUCUCGAUCGGCUGAAGAAGCGUUUGAAUGUCGGCCUGGAGAAGUAGAAAGAAUUCGAAAAAGGUUCGAAGUUAUGUCCAUUCUAGGUCAAAUCUAUAACUCUGCCCCUGAUGUGAGUGAACUGAAAGAUAUAGCACCAUAUUUGGAAGGAUCUUGGAUUGCACAUCAAUAUCCAAAACCGAGUGAUAACAAUAGAUCUAUUGCGGACCCGAAAACUUACGUUCGAGGUCGAUUAUCACCUGUAAAAAAGGAAAUUAAAAAAUCAGUUUUCAAGGAACCAUUGAAACUAAGUUCUAUUUUAAAAAGUGAUACAAUUGAGGGCCAGCAGUUUGACCCGUCAGUACACCGGCCGAUCAGCCGCUAUGAGCCACCCCGUGCGCCACCCCGCCCACCACCAGCUGAGUGGCCCUACAAACUAGCAUCGUUUGUCACACCACGAAACACAGUCACAUUUAAAGAAAACGAUUCUGCGCCGGAGCCACCGCGUCGAAUGCAACACAGCAGCAUCUCCGAUUCAGAAUCUCCAAGCCGGCGCUACGUGGAAAGCGACGUAAACAUCCACUACCGAUGCCCGGUGCGGCACGACCCGCUGCCGCUCGUGCCGGAGCGCGAGCUGGCCAGGCAACAGGCGGAGCACAUGAAACAGCUAUAUAGAGAGCAGAAACGGAAUAAGUAUUUACAGGAGAAUGACUAUCACGACAUCGACAUACAAGCGUUCGAUGCAUCUAUAAAGGAGCUUCAAGACAUGCAGAAUAGACGUCAUCAAGACAACUUCAUGCCUUCACAGAAAACAGUAGUACCUCUGAAUCGUUAUGAUGAAGCAGACAGAAUUAUUGCCAGAGCAUUAUACACAUUUAAUGGUCAAACAGCCAGAGAAUUGAGCUUUAGAAAAGGAGAUAUUAUUCACGUAAGACGACAGAUAGAUAACAAUUGGUACGAAGGCGAAAUUCAUGGCAGAGUUGGACUGUUCCCGUACAAUUAUGUCGAGCUAUUAAAAGGCGAUGUAGCCCAAUCACCGAAAAAGCCCUUGAUCCUCGAAGGUCGAGCUCGAGCGAAAUUCGAUUUCACAGCGCAAACUAACCUCGAGUUACCGCUGAAGAAAGGAGAAUUAGUGGUUCUCACUAGGCGCAUAGAUCACAACUGGUGGGAGGGUAGACUCGGAAAUAAAACCGGAAUAUUCCCCGAUAGUUAUGUAACUAUACUACAGGAACCUAGUCAAAGUAAGCCUGAACCACAGCCAAUACUUUCCACGGCGAAGCCAGUAGCAUCUCCCGCAGCGCACGGGCUCGUGAACGGCGACAAGCGCAGUCUCGGCGCUCACAGCUACACGCCGCAACCGAACAGCCCCGCGCUUGGCAACGCGCCCCCUGCUACACAACCGUUGUUAGGUUAUCCAACAAAACGCCCACAAUCAGCGACUCCCGGCGAGCGAGGCUACAGCUCCGGCGUCGACCUCAACAACACCGAGCCGCUGUACGUCGAUACUAAUGCUGAAGCUAUCCCAUACCGCGCGAUGUACAAGUACCGACCGCAAAACCCGGACGAAUUAGAACUGAACGAAGGUGACACGGUGUACGUGCUGGAGAAGUGCGACGACGGCUGGUACGUCGGCUCCAGCCAGCGCACAGGCCGCUUCGGGACCUUCCCUGGUAACUACGUGGAGCGCAUUUGAUAGCGCCAAACGUCGCUGCUCCGGCGGCUCCGACGCGCUACACUCUGUACGCGGAAACGUUAACGCACACAUAUCACUCCCAUAACACACACACAUCACAAUACAGAUUUAUUCAAAUAAAA